UAUAUCAGUUCCUGUCUUCGAAAUAACAUCACUGAUUAUAGCAUUUCAAGUCUCACUGGAAUUAAGGAACGUUUUGUACAGAGAGAUUCAUAGACAAGCAUUCGUCCAAUAUACGAGUCAAGUUUAAUGGCAGUCAUGGCUCCAAUUUUACACAGUGACUAUAUAGAAAGGGAGCAAUAUGUUCAAAACCCUCACCUGGACAACAUGGAGGAGGACAUCCUCUACCACUUUAACCUGGGCACCAAGACACACAACCUGCCCGCCAUGUUCGGAGACAUCAAAUUCGUGUGUGUGGGAGGCAGUGCCAACAGAAUGAGAUCUUUUGCUCAGUUCAUCCAUCAGCAGCUGGAGCUCCCCGGGAAUGCUGAUGAUAUCAGAGAUAUCUGUGAGGGGACUGACCGCUACUCCAUGUACAAAGUGGGGCCUGUGCUUUCCAUCAGUCAUGGUAUGGGUGUGCCGUCCAUCUCCAUAAUGCUGCACGAACUCAUCAAGCUCCUGUAUCACGCCCACUGCCGUGAUGUUAUGCUGUUUCGCAUCGGCACCUCAGGAGGCAUCGGUCUUCCUCCUGGCACGGUGGUGAUCACUGAUAAAGUGGUGGACUCUUUCUUCAGGCCGCAGUUUGAGCAGGUGGUUCUGGGUAAAGUGAUCACCAGGAGCACUGAGCUGGAUAAAGGCAUGGCAGAAGAGCUCCUGCAGUGUUCCACUGAGCUGUCCAGCUUCCCCACCAUCAUCGGCAACACCAUGUGCACACACGACUUCUAUGAAGGUCAAGGCAGACUGGAUGGUGCCUUGUGCUCAUUCUCCACCGAGGAGAAGCUGGAGUAUCUGAAAAAGGCCCAUGAGGCCGGCAUCAAAAACAUUGAAAUGGAGUCCACCGUCUUUGCUGCCAUGUGUCGCGUCUGCAACCUUAAAGCGGCAGUGAUCUGCGUGACUCUGUUGAACCGGUUGGAGGGGGAUCAGAUCUCCACACCCCACGACGUGCUGGUGGAAUACCAGCAGAGACCUCAGUACCUGGUGGCUCAUUUCAUCAAGAAACACUUGGCACUGAUCUAAACACAUUCAUCUUGAUGGGUCUGAUCUCUUAAUUCCAGGUUUUAAAAGGUAUUGCAGCAUUUUCCAACCCAAGUCUCUAUCCACUACCUUUGUAGCGUACGUCUGAUUAUCAAAGGACAAUCAUUUGCACAUGUUCUGAGAAAAUAACAGUAAACCGGCUUACUUAAAAACUCACUAAAUGGAGUUAAUAAACAGUUAAGAACGUGUGAUGAAAUACUGAUUAAAAACUACAACAGCCUUCAUACAUUGUAGGACAUGAGAAAAUCGUACCAAAGCUGUUUUGAUAACAGACAGACAGACGAAUAAACAAAUAAAUAAACAUACAGACAGGCAAAUAAAUAAACAAACAGACUGACAAAUAAAUAAAUAAACAGACAGAAAAACAAAUAAAAAAACAUAUACAUUUUGAGAUAAUCAUAGCAAAGCUGUUUUUAAAACAAACAGACAGACACACAAAUAAACAAACAAAAAACAAACAAAUAAAUAGAUGAAUAAAUAAAUACAUAAAUACAUUUUGAGUAAAUGUUACCAAAGCUGUUUUAUAACAGACAGACAGACUAACCAGCUAACUAAUUAACUAACAAAUACAUUUUGAGAUAAUCAUGCCAACGCUGUUUUUUAUUAACAAAAAGGCAAACAAAUAAACAAACAAACAAAAAAAACAACAAACACAUAGACAGAUAAAUAGAUGAAUGAAUGAAUGAAUGAACAAAUAAAA